AUGGCAGCAUCAGCACCAACAUCAAAGGUUGAACUUAGGAUAUCAUGCAAGGGUUUGACUAACAAAGAUACCUUCUCAAAGUCAGACCCUCAAGUGUUUGUAUACUGUAGUCUUCCAGGGCAACAACCAAGACUGAUGGGCAAGACUGAGAAGAUCAACAACUCUCUCAAUCCACAGUUUAACACUGCUGUCUUUGUCGACUACUACUUUGAACUGACUCAACACUUGAAGUUUGUCGUUAUGGAUGUUGAUAAUGACAUUUUGGACAAUGAGGAUGAUUUGAUUGGAAGAGCCGAGUGCACUUUGGCAACGAUCGUCUCGGCACCAGGUGCUACCGUCCAGAUGCAGUUGAUGUCCAAGCACAUGCACAAGGCAGGAUUGAUCACUGUCAAGUCAGAGGUGACCAGUGGAUCGAAGCAAAAGAUCAGAUUCAUCGUCGAUGGUCACAAGCUUGACAAGAAGGAUCUGUUUGGCAAGUCCGACCCAUACUUCACGCUGUCCAAGCGCUCCAACGAAGGCUUCUCCCAAGUAUACAAGAGUGAGAUCAUCAAGAACACACUCGAGCCACACUACAAGCAGGUCAUACUGCCCAUGGAUGACCUCACCGGUGGAGACAUCCGCAGAGAGCUUCUCUUCAACUUCUACGACUAUGAUUCAGUUGGAUCACAUGACUUUAUCGGUUCAUUCAUUACAACUGCCGAGUACAUCUUGGCCAACGCAAACAACAAGGCCACGUUUGAUUUGAUCAACCAGAAGAAGAAGGAGAAGAAGUCAAGCUACCACAACUCGGGUACCAUUGCUAUUUCCAAUGCAGUUAUGUACCGUGACUCGGAGUUCAUCGACUACUUGUUCGGUGGAUGUGAGAUCCAGCUCACAGUGGCUAUCGAUUGUACUGCUAGUAAUCUGUCACCCUCCUCACCAUCCAGUCUUCACUACAAGCACCCAACCGAUCCCAACCCAUACGCCAAUGCCAUUGUCUCUGUUGGCAACGUUCUUGCUCCAUACGACUUUGAUGGACUCAUCCCAACAUAUGGAUUCGGUGCCAUCGUUCCCCACAAGAACUCAACAUCUCAUUGUUUCCCAAUGAACUUGACAAUGGAUCCAAAGGCACGUGGAGUUGAGGGUGUCUUGGACACAUACUAUCAGAACAUUGCACUUGUGGACUUUAGUGGACCUACAUGUUUCGCUCCAAUCAUCGAGGAGGUUAGGAAGCAGUCUGAGUGCACACAGGCCAACCAGAGGUAUACCAUCCUCAUGAUCAUCACUGAUGGUGCCAUCAAUGACAUGGAGGAGACCAUUCGUGUGAUAGUUCGCGCCGCCAACAACAACCCAAUGUCAAUCAUCAUUGUUGGAGUUGGUAAUGCCAACUUUGAUAGCAUGGUGGAGUUGGACAGUGAUGGAAAGAGAUUGAGUGAUGGUGUACAUGAGGCCAAGAGAGAUAUUGUUCAGUUUGUUGCAAUGAGCGACUUCAAGGACAAGCCAUUCUACAUGUUGGCUCAGGAGGUGCUCAAGGAGGUCCCCACCCAGUUCAUGCAAUACAUGAACACUGCCUCGGUCUUUGCCAAUCCACCCAGAGUGUUUGUCGCACCACCCACUCCCAUGGCCUCUGUUCCAAUGGUUGGCGUACCAGUCGUUGGUGUACCAGUUGCCGGAGCACCAGUUGUCGCCGCACCAAUGGCACCAGUCUCUGUGAUCGAUCCAACUACUCUCCCACUGCCACCUGCACCAGGUGUAGCUGUUGCUCCACUCCCAGCUGGCGCCACUGGAGUUCCAGUGGUCCCAGCAACAGGCUCCUCCUCAGUCUCUGGUGUCGUCGAUCUUGACAAGCAUAGUCCAGUUGAGAUAGCCAACGCUACUGUAUCAUCACCAACUACUUCUUCUUCAGGCACCAUUGAUCUUGAAAAGCAUAGUCCACCAGUUGAGUCGAUGUCCAACCUCACUGUAUCACCAACAACUACGUCAACAACAUCUGGUUCAGGUUCAAGCUCAGCAAUUGAUCUUGAGAAGAAGGUCACUUUGGAGAAGCAUCCAUAA